GGUCGGCCCCGGCAAGAUGGCGGCCCCCUUGGAGCUCAGUUGCUGGGGAGGCGGCUGGGGGCUCCCCUCCGUCCACAGCGAGUCCCUGGUGGUGAUGGCUUAUGCCAAAUUUUCUGGUGCACCCUUGAAAGUCAAUUUCAUAGAUAACACCUGGAGAGGUUCAAGAGGUGAUGUGCCAAUUUUGACAACUGAAGACAACACUGUUUCUCAGCCGGCAAAAAUACUAAACUUUUUAAGAAAACAGAAAUAUAAUGCUGAUUAUGAACUGUCAGCAAAGCAAGGGGCAGAUACACUGGCUUAUAUUGCUCUCCUUGAAGAGAAGCUUCUCCCUGCUGUGCUUCACACAUUCUGGGUUGAGAGUGACAAUUACUUUACUGUAACAAAGCCAUGGUUUGCYUCACGAAUUCCUUUUCCCUUGAGUUUGAUUCUACCUGGAAGGAUGUCCAGAGGGGCAUUGAAUAGAAUUCUCCUGACAAAAGGAGAGCCUCCCCUCUACCGUGUCCAAGAAGUAGAAGCUCAGAUAUACAGAGAUGCCAAGGAGUGCCUAAAUCUUCUGUCAAACAGAUUGGGAACAUCUCAGUUUUUCUUUGGAGAUACGCCUUCUACCUUGGAUGCCUAUGUGUUUGGUUUUCUUGCACCUCUUUACAAAGUACKGUUUCCUAAAGUUCAGUUACAAGAACAUCUGAAACAGCUGUCCAACCURUGUCGCUUUUGUGAUGAUAUCCUAAACAGUUACUUUAGGCUUAAUCUUGGAGAUGGAUGACAAUCUUCGCCAAAGCCCUCAGCUUCCUCCUCGGAAACUGCCAACACUCAAAUUAACUCCAGCUGAAGAAGAAAGUAAUUCCUUACAACGGCUAUCACCCUGACAGWGGUCAUGCUUUGUGGUUAAAGUCCUGAUUGUUUUGGUAAUCUCUUAUAUCCACUGUGUGAAGGCAAAAGGGAAAUACCAUUUCUAGGUAUAAGGAAGACUAUAAAACAGAAGGAGACUUCUGUGACAUCUCUCUCUCUCUCUCUCUAUAUAUAUAUAUAUAUUUAAUUUGUAAGCUUGUAUUCUAGCUUGGCAUUGCAUUUUAAAUAAAGGUGAAUGCUUAAUGAACUUUGUGGGUGUGGGGGGGAACACAUUGUACUGUAUAUUUAAAAAACCUGCCUUAACCUUGGCAGAUUUUUGCUUUUGGUUCACAUGUUGCUGACCAAAACUACAAUUUUGUUCUGAAUGUGCAUUUUUAAUUUAUUCAAGUUAACUUAUUCAAUUUACUMACUUAGUUACUUCUUUGACCUGUCUGAGUACAUAUGUGGCUCUUUGAGACUUUUUUCUUCAGUUUAGAAAUCCUAGGCCUUUUUUAAGAAGUAGGGAAAAUAUAAAUUACUUCAACAGAAAAGCCUGUAAUUAACUUUAAAAAGCAAUGAGGAAUGUGCUUUUAAACUAUGCUCUCAUAAGUCUAAUCUUCUGAGGGUUUAGUACCACAUAUAUAAAUAUUAAAGGUGGUUAGAUAUAAUCUGAUGAUAUGCACUUCAAUAUAACAUUAGUAUUUGCUGCUGUGUUCAGUGUAGGUUAGCAAGGGCUCUUUGAGUUUGCUGGGUGGAUAUGGCAGCUUUAGACCUAUUUAUUUGUAGCACAUCUUUAAUUGUCUCAUUCCUGUAUUGAUUCCAGGAGAUCUAAAUGUGUUGGUCAUUGUUUUAUGUUAGGCUGUGAAAUCUUAAUGAAACUUGCCCAAUUGUUAGACACUACUCAGGAGGAGCCCAAGGCCCAGGUAAUAGAAAUACCCACUGUGCAUCUGGUCUGAGUUGUUCAUUCUUGACUCAGGCCAGUAUUCUUUGAUAAGAAGCAUAUCAUGUAGUCACGAGCUUUCUGACAACCAAUUAUUUUCCAUAUAUUUUAACUAUAGUUGAAGGAUCCAAAGGAAUAAUCAGAAAUAGCAGCUUUUAAAGACUAUUUUCUAUUUAUUGGUUGCUGAACUGUUCCAGGAUUUGCUGUGUGGUAAUUUUACUUAUAAUAGAAAUUUGCUUAUUUUAGUGGUUGAGGUGCUUCUGUUGUCCUAAAACCACUUCUGGGGUUUUUAAAUAUAGGACCAUGUUUUUGAUUAGUGUCUUAAAAGAUUACUAUGGUGCUCAGCAAAUCAUAUCAAGUCCUGAAGAAACCCACAUGUUAAGAAAAUGAGCUUUGUUGUCAAGAGACUGGGCUAAUUUUAGUUGAGUGCAGCUCAGCUGUGUUUGACCAACAUCCUCCCAAUUUAUUCUGUCUUUAGGUAGCUAUUUAUACAGGUGUCUUUAAGUCAUUUUAAAUAUUUUUUCUUGAAAGUUUUAACUGAAUGAGAAACAAGAUAGUCUUCACAAUCAUAUUCAUCUGUUUGGAAGCGUUUAGGGAAAGUGCCUACYGAUUUUCCCAUUGCUUCUCCAACAGAGGUGUAUGUAUGUUUUGUUCAUCUUCAAAGGGAGGUUAUUAGAUUGGAGCAAUCUGAAAUAUGUAUGAAUAUUUUAUAUUGAAAAUCAUGAGCAUGAAACUUUAUUGUUCUCUAGGAUUGAUGUAUAUUGAAGAAGAGUGGUUUCGCACAUUAAUCAGACAUCUGUUUAUGCUUUAGUCRGGGUUAGUCAUUUUCAAUUAUGAUUUAUAUUAAACCUUUCAAAAAGCAUUAGAAGUGGCUUACAAUUGUAAAACGAAUGUAAAACAGGACAGUUACAAUUAUUUUUUGAAAAACUAAAAA